UUAGCGACUUUACUCUCACAGACACCACCGUGUGUUUUAGAGAGAGAGAGAGAGAGAGAACGCUCCGAAAAGGCAAGAACUCCCGAAGUGGGAGUAGGACUUUUGCAGAUCAACAGUAGCCGUAGCUCAGAAACGUUAAGGGUGUUUCGGAAGCGGAGAUGGCCACUCCGCGAUCGGAACGCCUCGCGAUCAGUCCGGCUUCUUCUCGGCCUUUGUCGAUAACGCCCGGUUCUAGGGUUUUGAAAACCCCUCUCAGCGACGAAGCCAUCUGGAAGCGCCUUCAAGGGGCCGGCUUGGAUGAGGAAUCCAUUAAACGGACGGACAAGGCUGCCCUCAUAGCCUAUAUUGCAAAGCUUGAAGCUGAGAUCUUUGACCACCAACACCACAUGGGCCUUCUCCUAUUGGAAAGAAAGGAACUGGAUUCCAAGUAUGAGCAAAUCAAAAUUUCUGCUGACACAGCUGAAAUAAUGCAUAUGCGUGAUCAAGCUGUGCAUCUAUCUGCUUUAGCUGGGUCAAGGAAAAGAGAAGAGAAUCUGAAAAAGGCUGUAGGAGUGAAAGACGAGUGUAUAGCAAGUCUUGAGAAGGCCUUGAGUGAGAUGCGUGCAGAAUCUGCUGAAAUAAAGGUUGCAGCUGAGAGCAAAUUGGCUGAAGCACGCGAUAUGGUAGAGGAAGCUCAGACGAAAUUAACUGAGGCUGAGGCAAAGCUGCAUGCGGCAGAAUCUUUGCAAGCAGAAGUGAGCCGCUAUAACCAUGCCUCAGAAAGAAAACUGCAGGAAGUUGAAGCACGUGAAGAUGAUCUUAGGAGGCGAAUGAUAUCUUUCAAGACUGACUGUGAUGAAAAAGAGAAAGAGAUCAGUCUUGAGAGGCAAUCUUUAAGUGAAAGGCAGAAAGCUUUGCAGCUUGAACAUGAAAGAUUACUUGAUGCACAAGUUCUGCUGAAUCAGAGGGAGGAUUACAUUUUCAGUAGAUCUCAGGAUCUAAAUCGACUUGAAAAAGAGAUAGAGGACUCAAAGGCAAAUAUUGAGAAGGAACUUGGAGCUCUAAAUCAUAAGAGAUCCGAUCUAGAGCUGACUAAGGCUUCCCUGUCAGAAAGGGAGCAGGAUGUCAUUAAAAGGGAAGCUUUGCUGAACAAGCAACAGCAAGACCUACUCGUUUUACAGGAAAAACUUGCGAGUAAAGAAUCUGAUGAAUUACACAAAGUUAUUGCCAAUCAGGAAAUUGCUUUGAGAACAAGGAAGUCUGAAUUUGAUGCUGAGCUGCAGCUGAAGCAAAAAACAUUUGAAGAUGAAAUUGAGGCUAAGAGACGGGCUUGGGAGUUAAAGGAAAUGGAUCUUAGGCAGCGGGAGAACCUAAUAUUGGAAAGGGAACAUGACUUGGAGGUUCAGUCAAGGGGAAUGGCAGAUAGGGAGAAAGACGUGGCAGAGACAUUAAAUCUACUAGAUGAGAAAGAAAAGCACCUAAGUGCUCGUGAGAAGGAGUUUGAGCUGAAGAAAGCUCAUUUUCUAGAAGAAAAGGAAGAGAUUAAAAAAAUGAAAGCAGAGCUUCAAAAGUCACUGGAUUCUUUGGGUGAUGAAAAGAAGUUGGUUGAUUGCGCACACGAGAAGUUAGAGGCCAUGAAAACUGAAACAAGGGAGUUUUCAGUUCUAGAGGUGAAACUUAAAGAAGAAAUAGACAUUGUUAGGGCUCAAAAAAUGGAGCUUUUGGCUGAUUCUGAUAAGUUGAAAAUAGAGAAGGCUAAGUUUGAAGCUGAAUGGGAGUUAAUUGAUGAGAAAAGAGAAGGGCUACGGAAAGAAGCAGAACACAUAGCUGAAGAGAGAUUGGCAUUUUCCAGAUUUAUUAAGGAUGAGCGUGAUAGCCUGAGACUGGAAAAAGUUGCAAUGCGAGAUCAAUGUAAACUUGAAAUGGAGGCACUUAGCCGUGAGCGGGAAGACUUCAUGAAUAAGAUGGUGCAUGAUCGCACUGAGUGGUUCGGCAAGAUGCAGCAAGAACAUGCCGAUUUCUUACUAGAUGUUGAGAUGCGUAAGAGAGAACUGGAGAAUUGCUUUGAGAAAAGACGCGAAGAAUUAGAGAAUGAUUUGAGGGAGAGAGAGAAAGCCUUUGAGCAAGAAAAGAAAACUGAACUUCAGUAUAUAAGCUCUCUUAAGGAACAAGCAGAGAAGGAGCUGGAACAGGUUUCCUUAGAAAUGAAGAGGCUCGAAACUGAGAGAAUCGACAUAAAUUUCGAGCGUGAGCAAAGAAACAGGGAGUGGGAAGAGUUAAAUAAUUGCAUUGAGGAUCUUAAGGUCCAAAGAGAGAAAUUAAAAGAGCAAAGAGAGCUAUUGCAUGCAGAUAGAGGAGAGAUUCUUUCCCAAAUUGAAGACCUUAAGAAAUUGCGGGAUUUGAAUGUUGCCUCAGAUAGCGUUAUUGUUGCAGAGUUGCAAAAUUCAGAUCCCGAACGAAGCCAGCGGAAAGUUUCUGCAAAAAGAAUUUUGAAGCAGCAAGCUCUUGUACAAAAUGCCGUGGACUCGCACAAAGAGAUAGAUGUUACCGACAUUAGCAAUGGGCUCAAUUCUCCAUCUAUGGGUGAUAUGAAUGGUGCUUCUGCUCAUAACUCCGCUCGUUUCUCUUGGAUUAAACGCUGCACAGAAUUAAUAUUCAAACAUUCUCCUGAUAAGACUCCAAUGAAGUCUGAAGAAAGGCCUCCUGACCAUGAAAAUGCAAGCAUUGGGCAUAAGUAUGUGGGAGAGAAGUCGAACAUAAUUUUCAGCGAGCGACAGCAGGUGAGAUAUGCUCUUGGUGAGCCAAAAGUGAUAGUCGAAGUGCCCACUGUAGGCGAGGUUGUAAAAGCAACACAUCAUACUGCAUCUGAAGUUGAGGGGCAUUCCAGUGAAAAAUGUGCCCCUUCAAUUUCUGAGCAAGGGCUUCAGGCUGGAAGGAAAAGAAGAGAUAUACACUCUAUAUCCAAUGAUGGUGUUAAUUUACAACUAGAGCAAAGGCGGAGCAAUAAGAAAAGGAGGCAACAAGAUGAUGGUGCGGCAGCUCAAGGGGCCUCUACUGAGAGUGCAACUUCCACCCAACAAAAUGCUCCAGAGGAUCGGCAUGUAUCGUUGUCAUCCUCCCAAACUAAAGAAGGUGCUGAAGAGGCUGGUGCGCUUAUUUUAGAUAAAAUCAUACAAGUCUCAGAAGUGACUCUGGAGAAAACGGAGACUCACAACUUCACGAAUGAAGACGAAUUAGACAGUCUGUUGCAUCCUGUUGCAGAAAUGGAGCUGGAUGUUCCUCCAGAUGAAGGAAUAAAUGGUCUUACGAAUUCUUCACAUGUAAAGAAUGGUGUCUUUCCCUGUGGCCCCAAGGCACCAGAAAAUGUACAGUAAGUACACAAUGUUGGACAAGAUACUGGGCAUUAUCAGCCUCAAUGAAGAGAGAUGUCAAAAUAUAGUAAACCAGAAGUUGAACAUCAUGGUGCGGCCAAGUUCUGAAGAGAAAUUUAUCCAUAAACAGCAGUAGAGGACAAGGUCAAAACUUAAAAGAUUUUUGGCUUUUUAAUGGAUGCAUCCAUUGUUUACUUACUACACCAGUCUUCUUCACUCUUUUUUUGUGUAGUUUUGGCUGGUGACGUCUCUUAAAGCUGGGCUAAAUAUGUAAAUGACUCCACUCACUGUGAUCAUUUGAGAAAUUUGUAUAUGUUUGUGCAUCUUUUGUCGGCUUUGUGAGUGUAGCUUUCAUCAGGGGCAGGUGAUUGUUGGGAGAAUAUUUGCAUUAACAUAGGGGUGGUGUUUUAGGCUUCUGAAAGAUGGUCUCCAUUUAUGGCUUUUGGGUUGUCUGGUUUGCUGUAUUGUGAACUGGUAGUGUAAUUCUUGUGGGGUGCAAUUUUCAGUCCGUUCCGUUUCACCU